AUGAGCAAAAACAGUGAACAACAAUUCAGUAUACUACAUCAAAAUGUUUGCUCUUUGGGAAAUGCUAAGGAUCGCCUAGAGGAAAUACUGAAUGAAAAUGAAGAUGUUAAAAUCCUGUGCAUAACAGAACAUUGGAAAACAGAAAACCAACUAAAAUUCUAUGCUAUCAAUAAUUUUGCACUUAUUACUUUCUUUUGUAGAAAUGAGAAGGAACAUGGGGGAGUAGCAAUAUAUACAAAAACUGGAAUGCAAGUCAAAGAAAGAAAAGACAUCAAGAAGAUAUCAAGAAAGGGAAAAUUUGAGUGUGUAGGAAUAGAGUAUAGCCUGAAUGGAAGCAAGCAUGUUUGUAUGGCCAUAUAUAAUGAUGGGAAUGUAGACAUAUUGACUGGAGCAUUAGAACCAAUAUUAAUAAAAUUAUUCAAUGAAAAUGUAAAAAUAUCCCUGAUUGGAGAUUUCAAUAUUAAUUUUAUGGAUGACACAAGCAGAAAAUGUGAAAUAUUGGGCAUGUUGAAAACUUACAAUAUACAGCAAACAAUAUAUCAACCCACAAGAAUAACAGCCACAACAGCAACCUGUAUUGACAACAUUUUUACAAAUAUUGAGGAAUCCUAUGAAACCAGAGUUAUACAAACACAUAUUUCUGAUCACACAGCACAGAAAAUUAUUUUCAAAAUGGGAAAUCAACAAUCAAAUGAGACAUAUAAGCGAAUAUACUCACAACAAAAUAUUCAACAUUUCAAACAAUUGUUACGAGACCAAAAUUGGACAGCUCUUUAUGAAAUAACUGAAAAGGAUGUAAAUGACCAAUUCAAUAUGUUCCAUAGCAUAUAUUUGCAACUUUUUAACAGAGCUUUUACAUUGAGAAAAAUAUCAAAGAAUAAGAGAAGAAAAAUGGUAAGUUCUGAUCCUGAGAUUAAAGAAAUAAAAAACAGACUAGAUAUAUUACUUGUACUGAGUACUUAUGAUGGGAGAUUCAAAGGAGAAUAUCGUGAUACAAAAAUUAAAUAUGACCAACUAUUAUUGAAACAGAUAAAGAAAAAAUAUGGAACUUUGAUAGAAAGAUCAGAUAACAAGAGUAAGACGGUAUGGGCUGUAGUAAAUUCUUUGAAGAAUACAAAUAAAAAGAAAACUGAAUUAAUUGGAGAUCCUUUUCAAACAGCAAAUGAAAUUAACAACUUCUUCAUAAAAGCAGGAACGACAUUGACGAGGAGCAUUCAAGACAGAAAAAUUUUUGACAAUUUCCAAGAAAUUAACAAAUCUAUGCGUUUGAGAAGAAUUACCGAAAUGGAAACAAAAAAGAUUAUAGGAUCAUUGAAAAACAAAUAUUCAAGUGGAUUUGAUGAGAUCUCUAACCACAUUAUCAAACAAACAGCUGAAGAAGUAUCUGGACAUAUAACUCACAUCAUGAACAACUCAUUGAGACAUGGCAUUUUUCCAGACAAACUGAAGAUAGCAAUUGUGAAGCCAAUCCAUAAAAAAGGUGAUAUAAAUGACUAUAACAACUACAGACCUAUAAGCAUACUACCCAGUUUUUCCAAAGUUAUGGAAAUGGUCUACUGCCAACAAUUAAUGGAAUAUUUGAUAGAAAAUAAAAUAUUCAGAGAAAAUCAGCAUGGUUAUUUGAAGGGAAAAUCUAUAAAAACAGCAAUUUACCAAUUCAUAAACAAACUAGUGGCAGCUUUUGAGAACAAAGACUUUGCAAUGGGAGUAUUUCUCGAUUUAACGAAGGCAUAUGACUGUUUGGAUAGUAAAAAACUUUUCAACAAAUUGGAGAAUUAUGGAAUCCGAGGACCGGCGCUAGAUUGGGUCAAGUCAUAUUUAUCACUCAGGAAACAAAUGGUUGAAAUCGAAAUAAAUGGAAAAAUCAUCACAUCGAAUAUGGAAGAACUGAUACAAGGAAUACCCCAAGGAAGUAUCGCGGGACCGUUAUUGUUUAUUAUAUAUCUGAAUGAUUUCAGACUAGAUGCUGAGAUGAGAGAACAAUCAGUUACUGUAGUUAAUUACGCAGAUGAUACAAAUCUACUUCUGACUGAAAGCCAUUACACACUGCUGGAAAAGUUAUGUGAAAUUACAUUAAAUAAGACAAAUGAAUGGUUCAAGAACAACAAUCUACUUCUCAAUGAAGAAAAAACCAAGUUCAUACUUUUUUCACCAACCAAUUCAGGAAUUGAAGAAAAUAAUACAAUAUCACUGAGCCAAGCAAAAUACAACUGCUUAGAAUCAACCAAAUUUUUAGGCAUACAUAUAGAUAAGAAUCUCAAUUGGAAGGAACACAUCAAUUAUGUUCAUGAGAAAAUAAUGAUAUCUGUUUAUGGUUUCAGAGUUGUGGCCAGGUAUCUCUCCAGUAAUUACCUGAAGAUGGUCUACUAUGCGAUGAUAGAUGCAAAACUGAGGUUCGGUAUUGUCUUUUAUGGGUCCGGGAAUAUAAAACAACUAUUUAUUCUACAGAAGAAGGCAAUAAGAAUACUCAAUAACAUGAAAUAUAAUGACUCUUGCAGAGGUGUUUUCAAGAAAUCUGGAAUACUGACAAUAUAUGCACUCUAUAUACAAGAAUGUGUCCUUUUCAUCAGAAACAAUGAGAUGCUAUUUGAGAAGCAUAAAAACAAUAGAACUUUCUACGACACCAGAAAUGAAGAUUUUAUCUAUCCCAAACAUAACCUAACAACAUCUCAGAAGCAGGCAGAAUAUAGAUGUUUGAAAUUAUAUAAUUCUCUUCCAAGGAAGAUGAAAGCAAUGUCAAAUAUAACUAUAUUUAAGAAGAGCUUAUUCGGAUAUCUCCUUGACUUGGAGCCAUACUCUUUGGAUGAAUAUAUUUCUAAUUUGUGA